ACAAUAGAAGCAGUGAGGCUGAACAAUUGCUGACUAUUGUGAUACAAACCUAAACAUGAAGAGGGGAGCUCACUGGGGCAGUGAGUAUGUGGUUCUGUUGUUCAUGAUGGCGCUGUCACCAACAGCUCAGGCUCAGUCCAGGUGCUCUGUGCCAUCAGGGAAGACGGUCUAUGAUUUCACAGUUCAGACCCUGCAAGGUCGCCAUGUUUCGCUGGAUCACUUCAGAGACAAGGUUCUGCUCAUCAGCAAUGUGGCAACCUUUUGAGGUUCCACAGUCAAGCAGUACUAUGAACUGAAUGCACUAAUGGAAAAGUUAGCUCAGACCCCCUUCACUGUUCUCGCCUUCCCCUGUAACCAGUUUGGCCUUCAGGAACCUGAGGAAAACUACGAGACAUUAAACAUCCUUAAGUAUGUAAGACCAGGAGGAGGAUUUAUCCCGAAGUUCCAGAUAUUUGGAAAGAUUGAAGUGAACGGGGCUAAGGAAGACCCACUCUACACUUUUUUAAAGGAAUACUGCCCAUUUGUCAACCCUCUGAUUGGAGAUCCAGAGAAACUCUAUUGGUCCCCCAUUAAAGUCAAUGACAUACGCUGGAACUUUGAACAUUUUCUCAUCAAUGCCAGAGGAGUGCCGAUUAAGAGGUAUGACUUAAAUGCUUCUUUUAAAGAGGUGGAAAGUGACAUUGAGACUCUUCUGAAAGAAAUGUAGACAUCCAGAUAGAACCAGUGGGAAUACCAGUACCUUUGAAUGGAUACAUGAAAGCCUGCACAUUGCAACAAUGGAGACAGAAUGAAGAACAUUCAGUAAAUGCUGACAAGCAGCUGAUUAGUGUCUGAUGUGGUGGGAGAGAAUACUCUGUGUUUAGUGCAUUCAGUCAGCGCAUUCAGUCCCAUCGGUCUCUAUUCAAUUGUUGGUUGGCUUCUUUUGAUUCACAGGAUAGUCUAGUAUAAUAAUAAAGCAGUCAUAAAAAUUAAA